AUGUCUUGCAGUAUCCCACCGAGCAACCGCUCCAAGGUCAAGUCCUCCGCAGCUCGCGCCUUACGGCAAAAGCUGCUGGAGACUUACCCCGGCUUUGAGCCCUACAUCGAAGAGAUCAUGCCCAAGAAGGCCUCUCUCGAAGCAGUCAAGCUGUACGCACUCCUCCCCCUCCCUAGCACCUCCAAUCCUCACCCUCGUCUCCCAUCUACACCACAAAAUUACGUCCAACGAUGCCAUCCCCCAGCACCAACUCCCCAAGAACACAAACUCAACCCCCAAAACAAAGAUAAACCCGAAACUAACACCCCCUCCAACACCCCUAGCCCCGAACGCGCUACCCUCUACACAAUAGACUCCACCCCGCUCUUCUUCCAACGUUUCGACGACCCCCCAAUCCCCCACCUCCGCCUCCUCCACGCUUACCCCACCGCCCUCCCAACAAUCCAAAUCGACCGCGGCGCAAUCCGCUUCGUUCUCUCCGGCGCCACCCUAAUGGCCCCCGGCCUGACCUCGCCGGGCGGCCGUCUCCCGGACGCAGAGCACGCGCUGGAGGCUGGGCAGGUCGUUGCUAUCAAGGCGGAGGGGAAGGAGGAGAUUUGUCUUGUUGGUGCGUUGAAGGUUGGCACGGAGGAGAUGAAGAGUAAGGGGAAGGGGGUUGUUAUGGAUGAGGGGCAUUAUUUGGGUGAUGGGCUCUGGACGUUGCAGUUGGAUUAG